GAAAUUCCGUUAACAUUUUGCACAUCAUGUUGCGCAAAUGCCUGAGCAGUCUGGUGUCCGCUCAACGCCAGAUGCAACCCCUGUCACGGUUGAUGCAUCAUCAAGUGCCCGCCAAUCGACCCCCAAAGAUUCUAAUCACGGGUGGUCUAGGACAGCUGGGCAUUGAGUGUGCCAAGCUGUUGCGCUCCCAGUAUGGUAAUGAUAGUGUAAUACUCUCAGAUAUCAUAAAGCCCAGUCAGGCGGUCCUUGAAAAUGGUCCAUAUAUCUUUGCGGACAUUCUGGACUUUAAGGGAUUGCAGAAGAUUGUCGUGAAUCAUCGCAUUGAUUGGCUUAUACACUUCUCGGCACUUCUCAGCGCUGUGGGCGAACAAAAUGUGCCUCUGGCAGUGCGGGUCAACAUUGAGGGUGUGCACAAUGUCAUUGAGUUGGCCAAACAGUAUAAGCUGCGCAUCUUUGUGCCCAGCACAAUUGGCGCCUUUGGACCCGAUAGUCCCCGCAAUCCCACACCGAACGUAACGAUACAAAGGCCCCGCACUAUUUAUGGCGUUUCCAAGGUGCAUGCCGAACUGAUUGGAGAAUAUUAUUAUCACAAAUUCGGUUUGGAUUUCAGAUGUCUACGCUUUCCGGGCGUCAUUUCCAGCGAUCCACCAGGCGGCGGCACCACGGAUUAUGCUGUUUCUAUUUUCCAUGAUGCACUGCGUCAUGGCAAACACACAUGUUACCUGAAACCCGACACACGUCUGCCCAUGAUGUAUAUUGAGGAUUGCCUGCGUGCCUUGUUUGAGUUUAUGCGAGCACCCAGCGAGCAGCUGAAGCGUCGCGUCUACAAUGUAACUGCCAUGUCGUUUACGCCCGAGGAGCUGGUCGAAGAAUUAAGUAAACAUGUGCCACAUUUGCAUGUGGUCUAUAAACCGGAUAGUCGGCAAUUGAUCGCCGAUUCCUGGCCCGAGGUGUUCGAUGAUUCAGAAGCACGACGCGAUUGGAAUUGGCAGCAUAAAUAUGACCUGAACAAUCUGGUCGAUUUCAUGGUCAAGGAUGUGCAGGAGAACUACAUCGAUGUUGAGAAUGGAAAGAGUGCUAAAGCUAGCAUCUAAGCACCGUGCACAACUGGGAAAAACCGCAUCUAGUAUUCCACAAAGAAUCUAAUGGCAUUUAAAAGCAUUUACCUUUUGGAAGUUAUGUACAAUUUAAAUUCUCUUUACGCAAAUAUAGAAAAUUUACAACGCACUUGGUUUAAAUAAAA